AUGGUCGCCCAAAGACAUCCUGCCUUCGCGGAGGAGUCCGCUGAAGUGGAGGUCCUGUACGCCAGCUUGGAGAAGAUGAAGUCUGUGUCGAAGAAGAUCCAAAGCUCCAUGACGCGCCUCAAUGAAACCGGCAGGACGGUGCAAGACGCGAUCGGGCCCAUCUAUGGUAACACCCAACGACUCCAAGCUCAGAACACGAACAUCGAUAAGAUUCUGCAGGCAAUAGAGAAAGUGAAACAGCCACUGGAUAUGCGCAACAGGGAGGAACGCAUCUUGCGAAGUCGACCGGAUAAGGUUGGUUUGACGGAGUACAUUGCCAGCAUGGAUCGCACGAACCAGGCAUUGAAAGAGCUGCAGAAAACGAAUUUGCGAUCGAAUCAAGUCGCAAUAUCAGAACUCAGUGGACUACUUGCUGUCGGCUCCGGGAAUCUCGAGGGCGUGUUUCGGGAUAUGCUUAGGCAGGAUUCUCAACCAAUAGAGCCUCUUAAACAGAUCACCCAAGCACAGGACUUUCCGCGGAUAGCAUCUGCGAAGUCAGCGCAGCUUCGGACGAUCAACUUGAAUGUGGCUGGGUUCGUGUCAAAAGCAGCGGUUGCAGGCGGCGGAGACCUUACUCUGGCUGGAAAGGCGUAUGCACACGAGCGGGGACAGUACAUGUCUCUGUCUCUGCAGAAUCUCGCCACUGCAUCCAUAUCAACGGCUCGCAAAGUCACUGCAGAUGCUGUCUACAAGCCCGGCAGCUGUGCUAUCACCACUUAUGCGACUGGAAUCCAAGGCAUGAUUGUGGCGGAAUACGAUAACAUCUGCAGCAUAUUUCAGCGCGAUGAAUGGGCCUCUGUCUUGCAGGCGACCUGCUCAGAGACACUACGAGCUUUCCAGUCCACGCUUCGAGAUCUUGACGCUCAUGUACGAAAUCAUCUGAUCACGGACUGUUAUCUUGCAUAUGAGAUUAUCGACGUGGUCACAAACACAUCGCUCAGCAUCGAGAAAUCGACCAACGACCUUAAGCAAUCUUUCUAUGAUGCGUUGAAGCCUGUACGAGAGACGGCCAAAUCAUCACUGUCAACACUGAUACAGGACGUCAAGACCAAAGUCAGCCAGAUGUUGCAGCUCCCGCCUGAUGCAGCAGCCUUGCCCAUUUCUGCAGACGUCAUGGCCAGAUUACAGCUAAUGACUGGCUAUCUGGCACCUUUGAGCAGUAUCAUGCGCAGCGUAGGCGACGGAGGCUGGAACAAUCCUCUCAAUGCAAACUCCGCCCAAACCGUACCUACAUUGAAGUCGUUUGAUGUCGGAGCAGAUGGCAAACAGCUCUUCGCACACUACAGCACCGACACUAUCGAAGCUCUCCUGUCCUCGCUGGACGCGAAAGCGAGGGCAGCGCAGAAGAGCAAGAGUCACUGCGGCGUCUUCCUCGCCAACAAUAUUGCCGUCGUUGAGCGCAUGAUACGUGGCUCGGAACUCCAAAGCCUGCUCGGCUCUGCGCAACCGAAGGUGGACGGGUGGAAGAAGAAAGCAACGCAAAUGUACCUAGACGUGUGGAAGGAGCCGUCUGGGUUCCUGCUGGACGUUCAGUACACGUCGAAACAGCCUCGUCCGCCUUCGACAGGUGCAGCUGUCGACUCUGCGGCUAUACUGAAGUCAUUAUCCAGCAAAGACAAGGAUGCCAUCAAGGAGAAGUUCAAAAACUUCAAUGUAUCCUUCGACGACUGCGUACAGAGACACAAAAGCUUCAAGAUGGAGGCAGAGGUGCGGCGACAGCUCGGUAGAGAUGUGCAGAUGUUCAUCGAGCCGCUCUAUGCUCGAUUCUGGGAGAGAUAUCAUGAGGUUGACAAGGGUAAAGGCAAGUACGUCAAGUACGACAAGAGCCAGCUGAGCGGGAUACUAGCCGGGCUCAAUUGAGGGUUGGGCGUGCGGUCCACUGAGAAGUUUGCUUGCUGUGUAGGAAUGAUACCCAGGUCUCUGUAUGAUAGCAUUGGUAGAUAUCGAGAUGUCAGAUCUGAGAAAGGUCGAUACUCCAG